AUGGUGGUGACGGUUGGAACUAGGGUUGGGUCGUCCGGUCCGCCUCACGGUGAGCACCGGUCUGCUCGUCCCUACUGCCGGCGAUGCGCUCCUGGACUUAAUUGCCCGGGUCGUUCCUCCGGCGCUGUUACUUUGAAGAAAUUAGAUUCUUGGAUUUAUGAAAGACGAACAACUGCGAAAGCAUUUGCCAAGGAUGUUUUCAUUAAUCAAGAACGAAAGUUGGGGGCUCGAAGACGAUCAGAUACCGUCCUAGUCUCAACCAUAAACGAUGCCGACCAGGGAUCGGCGGAUGUUACUUUUAGGACUCCGCCGGCACCUUAUGAGAAAUCAAAGUCUUUGGGUUCCGGGGGGAGUAUGGUCGCAAGGCUGAAACUUAAAGGAAUUGACGGAAGGGCACCACCAGGAGUGGAGCCUGCGGCUUAA